UUGUUUUAAUUACUUAGUUUUAAUUACUAUACCAUAUUUAUGUUGUUCUAUGUUCAGGUAUAUAAUGUUCUUUGUUCUAGUUCUAGCAUAGCCUUCCUUUGUCUAGUUUUAAUUAAUAGCACCUUACCAUAACCUGUAUCCCUUCCACCCCCUGUAGUCAACCCUUUUCACACCUAUUUCUAUAUUGUUAAUCCCUUAAACCCACAUUGUAAACCAUUCUUGUAGAUAAGAUAACUCUUCUAUUUAAGUGCCUGCUUUUGUACAUCCAGUCAGAGUCUUGAAUUGGUGAUUGCCGAAUAAACAUCUCUACUUUCUGAUAUAUACAUAUACAUUGUUGUACUGACUCUGUAUGUUAUAGCAUGUUUCAGUAGUCAUAGUCUAUACCCGUUACACAUUUGGAGGUUCCACCGAAAUUUGUAUAGACGUCAAACUGAACAUGUUUGACGAAAGCGAAGUUGAGAGUCGAUCAUCAUGGAUGAGGAGAGGCAGAAUAAGAUAAACGCUGGACGUAAACUCUUGUUAAAAUUUCAGAAGAAAAGCAAAACCUAUAAUGAUGAGGAGAGGAAAAAGAAAAUACAAAAUGGACGUCAAAUACUACUAAAAUCUCUAGAGAACAAGGCAAAAACUGUGAAACUUGAUGUACAUAUCGAAGAGCUAAACCAUCUGAAUGAAAACAACUUAACGGACUUGCAGCACAAAUAUGAAGUUACCAAUUGUUGCCUUCCGAAUUUGCAGUUUCAGUCAGAAAAGAAUGUAAGUAAGACUCUAAAACCAUGCCAAGAACUUAAAAACACUAAACAGAAACGAAUGAUGUUUGCUGUAUACGACAGAGGAAAGUUUGGAUAGGACAAUUGAGUCGUGUUUAGGAAGUGCAAUGGAACAACUGAACCAAGAAUUUUUAAAACAAUAAUGUUUUUGGUACGUAAUGCAACUAUCGGCGUCUAAGCUUUGUAAAUACAAAUGAAGAAAAAAGUUUUCUAGUGGACUUAAAUUUAUUUUUUGAAACUGAGACCAGAAGAGUUUUUUUUUUUUAAAGGAAUGUAUUCACUUGUUAAAUAUAAUA